AUUUAGAACAUGUUCCUUGUGACAUUGUACUUCGUGUCACAAGAUGCUUGAGAGGGCCUGGCUACGAAAUGACCAUGAUCGGAGACGUCGGUUUGCGGAGAACAAGGCCGACGCUCUAGCGAUGAUGCAACCUUCAAGUGUCCUCCAACAUUAACCCAUCCUUCUGUAAACACGCCACAUCCACACCCACCAUGUCGCUAAAAAGAGUCUCCACCAUCGCUGCAAGAGCAGCAAUCGCAUCAACACGACCUGCCAGAAUACAAGCCUCAGCACUACUCCAAUCGACACCAAAGCUUCAAAGCACAAUCCGACGACCAGCAACAUGUCUCGUCCACCAACGCUUCCACAGCACCGAAGGCAAACCCGACACCAAAAUCUGGGACUUUGAAUCCAUAAAGCAACUCUCCGAACAACCAGACUCUUCACGUGUACUCAUCGACGUCCGCGAACCCGCCGAAUACAGCGCAGGCUUCAUCCCCUCUGCCAUAAACAUCCCCGUCGGCUCCGCCCCCGACGCGCUAUUUAUGCCCGCCCAUGAAUUCGAAGAUAAAUUCGGGUUUGAGAAGCCGACGGCCGAUCAAGAAUUGGUGUUUUAUUGCAAGGCUGGGGUUAGGAGUUCUGCCGCUGCGGGGUUGGCGAGGCAGGUUGGCUAUCAGAAGGUUGGUGAGUAUCGGGGGAGUUGGUUGGAGUGGAGUAAGAAGGGUGGGAGGGCCGAGUAUGAUUAGAUGGGAGGGUUGUAUGAAGUAGAUGAGUGUGGG